AUGAAAAUUAACCAUAUCCAUUUGGUUAAGCUAUUACCAUCGAAUCCACAAGAAAAUCAUCUGUUACAUCCGUUAUCAAAUUAUGCGAGCCGAAAAAUUGGAAGGCAAGAGUUAUCAUCAUUUCGUUAUCAAUUACAACAACGAACUGGUGGUCAACGUUCAAGCUUUAUGCGACGUCUUUCUGCAGCUAUACCAUCUCUUUCGACAGAUUCAAUGCCUUUUGCUGCCGUAAGUUCUUUGUUGCCGUAA